AUGACUGCUCUAUCCCAAGAAGAACUCCUCGCUGCUCAUCUCGAACAAGAAAAGCUCAACCCUGAUGAGCCUGUGGUUGAGGAUGAAGAUGACGACGAUGAUGAUGAGGAGGAUGAAGAUGAUGAUAAGGAUGAAGAGGAUGCUGAAGGGAAAGGAGAUGGAAGUGGUCGAUCAAAGCAGAGCAGGAGUGAAAAGAAGUCUCGCAAGGCAAUGUUGAAACUUGGGAUGAAGCCAGUAACAGGAGUUAGUCGUGUAACAGUAAAAAAGAGCAAAAACAUUCUGUUUGUUAUCUCAAAACCUGAUGUUUUUAAGAGCCCCACAUCAGAGACAUACAUUAUAUUUGGUGAAGCAAAGAUUGAGGAUCUGAGUUCGCAACUGCAGACUCAGGCUGCAGAACAAUUCAAGGCUCCGCCACCUAAUUUGAAUAAUGUUGCUUCAAAGCCUGAGUCAUCAGCCAUGGCUCAAGAUGAUGAAGAAGUAGAUGAGACUGGUGUGGAGCCGAAGGACAUUGAGUUGGUGAUGACACAAGCAGGGGUGUCAAGAUCAAGGGCUGUUAAAGCACUCAAAGUUGCAAAUGGCGACAUUGUUUCUGCCAUUAUGGAGCUAACAAACUGAUUUGUCUCAUUAUUAGUGAAUGUUUUUCAUCUGAGUGGUCGCUCCAGGAUUUUUUUUUUUUUUUUUUUUUUUUUCAUUUUCCGCUGUACCCUUGUGAAUGGGUUACAGAUUUUAUUUUUAUUGUUGUAUUUGUAUUUUGCUCUUGCGCCCGUGACUCAGCACUAAACAGCAGUAGUCAGUUUUGGUUGUUACAUAACUGUUCCUGGAAGUAGUAGCUUAGUGCAUAUUUACCCACUUCAAAGGUGGUUAGAAUAUUAUAAUGGGGAAAUUGUUUGUAGUUUUAAGAGUAAGCUGAAUAAGGAUGUGAAUCAUGUGAUUGAUAAGAGGAAUGUUAUAUAUCAUUAGUUUUAUA